CAGCUAGCUGGCGUUCUGUGGCUUUAUCUAGAUUAGUCUGAAUCUGAAAAACACAUAUUGUGUUUAUGUCAAAGAAGCGGCACGAUGCAACCCGGAAAACGGCAGUAGACGAAGACCUGCGUCUCUGUGUCCAGUAACUUUAACGCCUUGCUCCCAUGACGUCCAUGGAGUCCGGCGGCGAUGGAGGGAAGUGGCUGGACGCCCACUACGACCCGGUGGCCGGUCUCUACACCUUCUCGUCCUGCGUGGACUUGGCCGACCUGAGCGGGGACGGAGAGAACCGGCUGGUGGUGGGGGACCUGGGCACGGGUUCGUCCGGCAUGAAGCUGAAGGUGUACCGCGGCACGGCGCUGAUGAGUGAGAACACGCUGCUGGACCUGCCCGCGGGCCUGGUGGCCUUCUUCAUGGACCUUCACGAGCCGCGCAUCCCCACCACCGCCGUGGCAUCGGGGCCGUGCAUCUACCUGUAUAAAAACCUGCGGCCGUACUUUAAGUUCACGCUUCCCAGCCUGGAGGUCAACACGCUGGAGCAGGACGUGUGGCAGCAGGCCAGGGAGGGUCAGAUCGACCCCCUGACUCUGAAGGAGAUGCUGGAGAGCAUCAGGAAGAAGGCCGACGUCCCGCUGUCCGUCCGCUCGCUCAGGUUCCUGUCCCUGGAGACCGACGGCCUGGACGAGUUUGUCCAGCUGCACAAGCAGCAGCCAAUCAGGCGGCAGACGGUCAUCACCUGCAUCGACACUCUGAAGAAGAGCACCGCAGACGAGGACGGCGUCAGCUGCCUGGUGGUCGGAACUGAGAGCAGCGACGUCUUCAUACUGGACUCGAAAGCCUUCAUCAUCCUCUCUAAGAUGUCGCUCCCUGCCCCUCCCACCAUGAUGGACGUGACGGGUCAGUUUGAUGUGGAGUUUCGCAUCACAGUGGCGUGCCGGAACGGGAACAUCUACAUCCUGCGCAGGGAGUCGGACAAACCCAAGUACUGCGUGGAGCUGCCGUCCCACCCCGUGGGGUUGGUGCGGGUCGGGAAGAACGUGCUGGUCGGCUGCACAGACGAGAGCCUGCAGGGCUUCACUCAGAAGGGGAAGAAGCUGUGGAAGAUCGUCCUCCCCGCCCCCAUCACCACCAUGGCCCCCAUGGAUCUCCCCACCAGAGGUUUCCAGGGAGUCCUGGUGGGCUUGGCUAACUGUGAGGUUCACCUGUACCGGGACAAGAACCUGCUGAGCACCAUCAAAACCCCGGAUGUGGUCACCAGCAUCUGCUUCGGCCGGUACGGGCGAGAGGACGGGACUCUCAUCAUGACAACCAAGGGAGGGGGCUUGAUGGUGAAGAUCCUGAAGAGGACGGUGGUGUUCGAUGACCGCGACAGCGCCCCCGGGCCUCCACUGGCCCAGAGCAUCCGGCUCAACGUGCCCAAGAAGACCAAGCUGUACGUGGACCAGACUCUGAGGGAGCGGGAGAGCGGCGUGGCCAUGCACCGCGCCUUCCAGAUGGACCUGAGCCGCGUGCGUCUGGCUGCCGCCAAGGCCUACGUGAAAGCGCUGGAGUCCAGCCUGACGCCGAUGUCCGCCAGCCUGUCCGAGCCUCUCAAGAUGAACGCCGUGGUCCAGGGUCUGGGUCCGUCCUUUAAACUGACGCUGCACGUCCAGAACACGGCGGCGUGCCGGCCCGUCAUGAAUCUGGCCAUCAGCUUCCUGUACGACGAGAACCUGUACCGCAUCAGGGACCCGUACAUGCGGAUCCCCCUGCUGGUGCCGGGACUCAUCUACCCGGUCGGCACCUUCGUGGACUGCACCAAUGACAAGGGCAUCACUGACAUCAUCAAGGUGUUCGUGCUGCACGAGGGGAGGAGCUCGCCAUUGCUGACCGCCCACAUCAACAUGCCGGUCAGCGAGGGACUGGCGCUCAGCUGAAACCCCCCCCCCAGAUGGAUCAGCUGAAGCCCACCAGCUCUGCUGGUUUGGGAUUUCCAUCUGUGAUCUGCAGGUCUCCUUAGACGUUCACUGACACCUCUGACACUUUAUAAACUCUGUUAACACAGACAUGUUAUUUAAAGCGGCUGUCGCAGCCUGUGAGUAAAACCCGCUCACUUCUCUUUUCCAGUUACCGACAUAAAAAAAAAUUAAAACGAUCAAACAGAGAGAACGAC